AUGUACACAUUUGAAAAGAGAGAAGAAACAUACUUAACAAAAGCUCUAUAUGCAUACGGCAUAAAUAAAAAUAUAUAUAAUCCUUUUCAUUUAGUAGAUGAAAAUUCUAUCUUUUAUUGCAUAGGAACAAAUGGGGUCAUUCAUUCUCUUUUAGAAAAAAAGCAAAGAUUUUUAUUGAGUGAUGAAAAAAGUUACGGUAUUAUAUGCUUAGGUAUAAGUAAUGAUAAAAAAUUGCUAGCGUUAGGAGAAAAAUCAAUAAAAAAGCCAUUCGUUUCUAUUUUUACAAGUAAUUAUAAGCUUAUUAAAAGAUUAACCUUAGAUAUUUCUGAUAAUGAGAGUAAAAUUAUGAACAUAUUAUUUUCAUCAAAAAAUAAAUAUAUUUAUUGUAUAACUAAUGGAAGCACAAAAAGUUUAUUUUUAUGUUAUGAUUGGAUUCAAGAAAAAUUAAUUUUUAGUAAAAUAUUUCCUCCUACUCUUUUUAAUGAAAAUUGUGAAAUUUAUCUUAAUUCUCAAAAUUCUUCUUAUAUUGCCUUAGUAUCAAUAAAUAACAUAAAAGAGGAUAAUACUACUUCUGAAAACAAUAAAUUAAAUGACUAUAAAAAUAAUAAGGAUAUUGAUAAUGUAAAUAUUAAUAAUUAUACAAAUAAUAAUGACAAUAUAAUAAAAAGUAGUAAGAAUAAUAUAAAAGACAACUACAAUAGUAAUAUAUGCAAAUAUAAAAAUUUACAAAGAGAUGUUUUUCUUUAUCAUAAUGUUGACAAAAACUUAGAAGAAAUAAAAAUAAAAAAUAAGAAGCUCGAAAAAAUUGAUAAGAAUUUUACUAAUUGUUGUUGGUUAAAUGACGGAGUUUUAUUGCUAAUUAAUAAAAGUAAUUAUUUAAUAUUUUAUGAUGUUAAAAAAGAGAAGUUAAAAAUAUUUAACAAGCAUAUAAGUAAUGAUGAAAUAUUAAAAGUAACCUGUCUUUCAAGAGGAUUUCUUUUAUUUGAUUGUAAAUUUAUAUAUUUUUAUGAAAAAUCAAAUGAUUUAAGUGUUAAUCUAAAUUAUUUAUUAAAAUAUUAUAUUAGUUUUAAUUAUAAUACAUUACUCAAUAAUUACUGUUUGCUUUCUCCCUGCGAAAAUUUUUUAUAUUUUUUAGCUCAAGAUGGUAAUUUAAAAAAAUUAGAUUUAAUUAAAAGUAAAAUUCAUUUUGAAAAUUUUAAAAACAUAAAUUAUACAUUAUUAAGAAAUAUUGAUAAUGAAAUUCAAAUAAAUAAAUCUAGUGAAGAAUCAAUUGUUCCUGAAGAGGAUAAAGAGUUAAAUAAAUCUCUAAAUGAAAUAGAUGAAAAUUAUAAAUUAGCUAAUUAUAUAAAUGAUGAUAAUCAAAAUAACAAUAGCAUAAAUAAUUCCUUUGAUGAUAACUUAAAGCAUGAUAAUAAAAACAUUGAAACAAUAUUAAACGAUAUAAGUUCAGGAAAAAUAAAUGAUUUUGAUGUUUGCAUGAAGCAUCCUUUAAUUAUUAUAUGCUAUGACGAUAAUAACAUAAAAAUUAUUAAUUACAAAAAAAAAGAAAUAGUUAUGACAAAUUCAUUUAAUAAUGAACCAUUGCGCGUAUCAAUUCAUUGUUCAGGGCAUUUACUUCUUGUUGCAUUUACAGAUAAGCUGAGAUUAUUUCAUAUUUUAUAUAAUAAAUUAAAAAUAAAAAAGGAAUUUUUUUUGAAAAAUUGUUCUUGUUGUAAGUUUUCCAAUGGUGGCAAUUUUAUGGCCGUGUCUAAAAUUUCAACAAUAUAUAUUUACAAAACUUAUACAUAUGAUCUUUUAUUUAUUUUAAAAUCACAUGUAAAUUAUAUUACUGAUAUUAUUUGGAAUUCAAAUGAUUUUUCUAUUUUUUCAAUAGGAAAAGAUGGGUAUUUAUUUGAAUAUUCACUUUAUAAUAAUGGUAAUAAAAUUAUUGAAGUUAUGCAGAAAGAAAAAAAAUUUUUAAGCAUAGAUUUAGAAAUAUUAAAUGAUAAAAAUAAAAAAAAACAAGGUAAUGAAAAAAAUAACAUAGAUUUAUUAAAAUAUGAUAACGAAUACAAAAGUUUUAGCAAUUUGAACGCUAAUGAAAUAAAAAAUAUUUAUGUUUCUUGUGAUGAUAAGACCAUUAAGCAAUACUGCAAUUCAAAAAUUGAAUGUGUUUUAGAAUGUGAAUACGCCAUCAAUAAAAUAUUACUUUAUAAAAAUAAAUUUUUAAUUGCUUCUUUUCAUAAUGGAUUUUUUUGCAGAAUUAGAUUUUAUGCCUUGCCAUUGAGUGGUUUAUUUUUAGAAAUUCCUUGUCACGUUUUAAAUUGUGUUAAUUUAAAGUUAGAUAUAAACAGAGAAUUAUUGUUUAGCUGUUCUAAAGAUGGUUCUAUUUAUAUUUUUUCUAUAGAGAAAAUUGAUAACUGUUUUUUAAUGCAAAAUAAUUCAGCUACUAUUAAUAAUUUAACUUGCAAAAAAGAAGCUAAAGAAAUAGAAAAUAAUAAAGAAGAAUUGAAACAAGAUGAUAAAUGUAAGAAUAAAACGCUGGCAUAUACUAAUGAUUCUUUUAAUAAUAACGACACAACAAACUUAUAUAAUGAAAACAUUAAAUCAAAGAAAGAUAUGUCAUAUAAUAAUUUAAAUAAUGAAAAUAAUAAUAUAUUUAAUGAAUACAAGAAAUUAGAAAAAGGGUUAUACCUUUCUGAUUUAAAUAAUGAAACUAUCAACAUAUUAAAUGAAAAUAUGAAAUUAAAAAAUAACUUUUUAUUAUACGAUUUGAAUAAUAAAACAAAUUAUAUAUUAAAUGAAGAUGAAAAAGAAAAUGAUGAAAUAUUAAUUGAUUUUUUUUAUGUACAAAAAAAAAACAAAGAAGUUUUAGAAUUGCAAAAGAAAAUUACUAAUUUAAAAAAUCAAAUGGAUUUAGAAAUGAAAAAUAAGGAGUCUAUCUACAACAAUGAAGUGAAAAAAUUAAAAAAAUUAAAAAAUGUAGAAAUAAAUAAUUUAAUUAAAAUAAAUAAAAAUUUAAUAAAAGAAAAAGAAAAAAUUGAAAAUGCUUGUAAAGAAUCUUUAUAUGAACUAGAAGAAAAGCAUACUUACUUUGUAAAUCAGUUAAAUUCACAAUUUUAUUUAACUAAUAAAAUAAGUGAAGAGAAGUAUUUGAAAAUAGAAGAAGAAUUUAAUAUAUAUAAAAAAAAUUCAACGGCAGAAAUGUUAGAUUUAAAAAAAAAACAUCAAAUAGAAUUAAAUGAGAUAAUAAAGGAAAAUAAGGAAGAAAUACAGAAGAAAGAAGAUUAUAUACAAAACUUUAAAUUAAAAUAUGAAAAUUUACAAAAAGAAAAAGAUGAAUAUAUAAAACGAAUAGAAGAAGACGUUGAUGAAGAAAUUUUACUUAUAACAAAAAAAUAUGAAGAUGAAAUAAAUGAACUGAAAAAGGAUAAAUAUAAUUUAUUAGGGAAAUUUAAAUUGUAUGAAUAUAUAGAAAACGAACUUAAGGAAAACAUUCAAGAAGAAAAAGAAAAAUUUAUAAAAAAUAACAUCACAGCUAAGAGAUUACAAGAAAGCAUAGAUAAUUUAAACGUUGAUAUAAGUAAUCUAAAAGAUAACAUUUUAUUUAAAGAAAAAGAAAUAGAAUCAAAAAAUAAAGAUAUAAUGAAUUUAAAUAAAAAAAAUGAAGAAUUAGAAAAAAUUAAAAUUGUUUUAACUCAAAAAAUAAAGGAUUUAGAAUCUAAUUUAUCUCCAAAAGACUCGGAAAUAAAAAUUAUGAGAGAAAAAAUUGAUGAAAUGGCAAAAUGCUUUGAAAACAAUCAUAAGAAGACUGUCAAUUUGCAAAUUGAAAUUAAUGAAUAUAAAAUGAAAAUAAAGUCUUUACAUGAUGAUUUAUUAAAUUACAAUAAAACGAUUGGAAAUUAUGAUAAAAUUCUUAAAAAUAUACAAGAGCACAUUAAAGAAUGUUAUUUGCAUCUCCAUGAUAAAAAAAUAUUUAACUCCUCAUUUUUAAAUUUAUAUAAUAAAUUCCACAAAGUUAAUGAUGUUAAAAAUUAUGAUACCAAAAAUGUUUUUUCUGAGUAUAUUAGGCAAAAAGAAUAUUUAGAAAAUAUGAUUGAAAUAUUAAAAGAAAAGUUAGAUAAGGAGACAGAAGCUUUUAGAAAAGAAAAAAUAAAAAUGAUGAAUGAAAAUUCUUUAUUGUUAAAAGAAAUAAAUGAUUUAAAAAUGGAUUUAAACUUUUUAAAAUCAGAAUGCCAAGAAGCAAAAUUAAAAAGUAGGAAAAUAAAAUUUUUAAAAAAAAAUAAUAAAAAUAAAGAAGAUAAUGAAAAUAUAAUAAAAUAA